UGUUCUGUUGAACGUUGACUGUUUGAUUACACUCUCGUCAAUUAGAAGUGAUUUAACAAUGGAUUUUCUAGGAAAUUACUCUUUUCGACGUUAAUUUGACAUGUAUUAAGCGUCUCAGAGUGACAUCCUAAUGUUUGGAGAAGAAUGGAGGACAAAUCUGCCUCAGAUUGUGAAGGAGCGCUGAGCUGGUACACGAGAGUCUCUAAACUGGCCGUGGCUGUGGCUGUUAUUAAGAUCAGCCCAUCGGGAGGAGCCAGACAGUUCACUGAAUCUCUGGCUGACAGACUCAGACAGCAGGAUGAAGGCUGGAGGUCUACAGCUCGAAGUCUUCAUGAAGAUGUGCUGCGUCUCAGACAAGAGCUGCUGCUCGCUCGCUUACUGUUCAAGAAGAAGAGUAAUGACGGGCCAGGACAUGGUCAAGAGAUUGCCAAAGAACUCUCUCAGGACGACCCACAGCAGUUAAAGGGCGACUCUGGCUGUGACACUGAUAACAGCUCACAAACACAGAUAUAUGGUGUUCAGGGACCAUGCUUGCCUCCGACUCCUCCAAACAGUCAGAAUUUUCCCCUCCAGAAUAAAAAAUGGCGCCAGGAUCACAGGCUGCUAAAACACAUGCAGUUCCUACGCUGUCUGAGUGGCUUGAGCAGAGGCUAUGAGUCAUCUCUGUGUCGUGGUGGGGAUGAGGUCUGGGAUUCAGUAGUGCAGCUGCUGGAUUCUGUGGUGGAGGUUUUCCGGCAGGCCCAUGUUGGACAGCCUCUGCAUCACCCAGAGCAGCUGCAUCAUGCCACACAGGUGGUGGCACAGACCCUGAGUCGAGGAGGAUCACAGCACGGGUGUUCAGGGCAGCACUUCAGCAAAGUGGAUGAUCUGUUGAAGGAGAUGAUCAACCUACUGCUCACCAACCAAAAACUCAAUUCGUUCUCAGUCCAUGACGUGCUGUCAGAGUGUCUGCUGGCUCUGGGAGGAAGUCCUGUUGUGAGAACUGCACUUGUUCAACUCCUGAUGUCUCAGAUCAUUCAGCUGGCACAGCAGCUAUGGGACACCUGUGAGAGGUCCAGAGAGGAGCGGCAUCAUCAGGUGGACUGGAUCUGCUAUGAAAAUUCAUUCUAUGUGUUCUGGCUGCUAGAACAUCUUGCCCAGGACAAUGAUUAUAAUGUAAACAAGGAGCUUGUGAUCCAGCUGGAAAACAAAGCAUUUCCUCUCGCAGAUGAGUUUCCCCUGUUCUCUUUGUAUAUGUGGCGGAUCGGAGGUCUCUUCAGGGCAGGACACACAUGAGCAGAUGUAGACUCGCUACUGUCUUUCUUAAAAUCUUUGCUCCUUUUCAAGAGCUCACUUUACAUGAAGUUCCUUAAUGUAAAAAAAAAAAAUUAACUGUUAAUUAAUAAAUUUUAAAC